AUGCUAAUUCUAUUUUUAUUAUCAACAUUUGAUAUAAUUGAUAAAAUAAAUGGUAAGAAGGAAAAUAUCGCAGAAGCAAAAAUACAAAUAGAAAGAAAUAAAUUAUCGUGUCAUAAUGGCUGGGUACCGUAUGCAUCAACCGGAUCAGUUAAAUACACUCAUUGCUUGAAGAUUUUAACGGUAUUCCGGAUGACAUGGCAACAAGCUGAAGAAAGCUGUCGACAAGUUGGAAAAGAUGCUCAUCUAGUUUCGAUACAAACUAUGGAACAAAUUAGCUGGCUUACAGAAGCGAUUGAUAGAGAAAUGCAAAUAAAAGGGAAAUCAUUGUAUACAUUAUUUCCAAAAAAUUCUCCAUGGUUUGAUUCUGGCUGGUGGAUUGGACUUGGCCAAUUAUGUCCGAAGAGUCAAAGUGAUCAAAUGCCUUCCUUCAGAUGGACUGAUGGAAAAUUAUUUGCAAAUGAUAAAUUGAUAAUUGGUGAUGUAAAACUUACCGUACCAAAAUCAAACAAAUGGGAUAAUCAUUAUUGUGUUUUUUAUGAUUUUCAAAAAUCUCCUACCGGAUUAGCAACACAUCGAACAUUCAAUAUUACCACAUGUUCAGAUCGUCGACGAUUUAUUUGUCAAAUGCCAGCUUUUUCACAGGAUCAACUUUCUAGUGGUGGUAGUGCUAUUGUAACAGAGGAAGAAGUAGAAAUUACGGAAAGCGCAAAUAGUGAACUUACCGCUGAUUUUCCAUGUGGUGUUGAUCCAUUAUUUUGUCCAUUAAAAACAAGCCAAGGAACUGUAUGCUAUCGUUUACAAACUGAGCCAUUUUAUUGGGAACAAGCAAUGAAAGAAUGUGAUGCAAAACAUCAAUCUGAUCUUACUUCAAUUCAUUCAAAAGAAGAAGCAAAUUUCAUUUAUGAAAUGGUACAAUUACAACCAUCAAUAAGUGGUGAAACAAAAUAUUGGAUUGGAUUGCAUCGAAGAAAUGCCCAAAGUCAAUACGAAUGGUCUGAUGGUUCAUCAUUUGAUUAUUUAUUGGAACGAUUAAGAAAUGACGAUCCGGAUGAAGAGAGAGGUAUUUGUGUUGCAAUACAAUUCAAUGUUAGUACGAAAUUACUCCAGAAACAACCGCUAUAUAAUCUUUUUGGUGUUCCAAUUCAAGUAACAAAGAAUACUCCAGCAUAUUUUUGGACACAUCAACGAUGUGAUAAUCGUCAUUUGGCGAUAUGUCGUAAACCAGGCUUUGAUUAUCAUUCUCGUUUUGAAUUAUCAGCAAAAGAAGAAAGAAGAUUGAAAAAGCAAAGCAACUGGAAAUGUUCAAACGGAUACAAAUUAUUCAGAGGAAUGUGUUAUAAAUUAUAUGGAACAAAUAAUAAUGGUGUAACAUUCAGUGAAGCUAUUCAACGUUGCAAAAAUGAAAAAGCUAAUUUGGUUAGCUUAACUGAUAUGUAUGAAAAUGGAUUUGUUACAUCAAUGUUGCAAAAUUUAAAUAGUAAUGCAUGGAUUGGUAUGGAUAUGACAGAUGGACGAGUACGAUGGUUGGAUGGUGAACCGUUAAAAUUGAUCCGUUUUGGUCCAGAUAAUCGAGUAAUCCGGAUUGGCGGUGAUCGACAUAUUUUUCAAAAUGUUGGUGAACCUGGUUUUUCCAAUGAGGCUUGUGUUGCAUUAGAUGCUACUAAUAUGGUCGGAUAUUGGAAUAUUAUCUUCAAUAAAACUAAUUAUGUUUUUCCUAGUGGUUCAACAAAAGCAGAUAACAAAUCAAAUCAGUGUGAUACAAUGGAAUUACCAUAUAUUUGUGAAACUUAUGCAGAUGAAUCAGCAAAUGUAAUUCAAAACAAAAAGACAUGCAAUGAAAUCGAUGAUAUUACAUACUGUUUUCUUCUCAAUGAUCCUAAUAAGCAUAUUAAUGGUCAUUUUAAUUUUGUUGAUGCAUCUGAAAUUUGUGCAACAUUACCAACAAAAUAUACAAAUUACGGUAGAAAAUAUGGUCAAUUAGCACAAGCUGAUAACAUUUUCGAAUGGUUAUUUUUGACAGCAAUGGCAUUGGAGAAUGAUUACGAUGAAUUCUUUAUGGGUAUUCGUUUCCGGAAAUCAGUUGGGUUUGAAAGAACAGAUAACCUUCGAUUACGUCUAGCACCUUGGGAUAUUGGUGAACCAAAUUUAAAAAAUGGCAAUUGUGUUGUUUUGAAAAUUGGCAGAAAUGGUCCUGCAUGGUACAUUGAUGAUUGUAUGAAACGUAAACCGAUCGUUUGUCGACUUACAAAUGAAGAACCAAUGAGUAUGGUACCACAAACAGUACGUUGCCCAGAUGGUAAAGAGGAUUGGAUUCUUGGUGAAACACAUUGUUAUCAUUUAGUGAGUAAUACAUCAAUGUUUAGCUCAGGAUUUAAAGCAGAUCAUGAUUGUUUCAAGUAUUUUAAUGCAACAUUGGCAAGUUUUGAAACACAAAAAGAUUUUGAAUUAUUCAAAAGUCACAUACUGCAUAAUGAAUUAUCCGUAUCAAAUGCUUUAAUUGGGCUCAUUCGACAACAACACGGUUCAUAUGCUUGGAAAGAUUUGUCACCGGUGACAUUUCUGAAUUGGGCUGAAGAUGAACCGGCUGAUACGAAAGGUCGAAUAAUUCAACAAUGUGUGAAAAUGCAACUUAAUGGUAAUUACACUUGGCAUAGUCUUAGCUGUUGGCAAAGUACACAUUUCUUAUGUUCAACACCAGUUGUUAAUGUAAACUACAAUCCUUCUGCAAGAGAAAAUGAUAAAAAUGAAGGAUUUUCAUCGCAACAAUUAUCAUAUGAUAAGGAACGAAAUAGUAGGAAGAAAUUACCCAACGAUUAUGAUAGUUAUUCUAGUAAAACAGAUCAAAGUUUAUUACCAGUGCCAUCAACUCAAUCAAUAAGCGCAAUUAGUACAUUCGGUGAAAUUUGUUUAGUGCUUAUCGUAGCGCUAAGUAUAGUUGGCGGUAUACAAUUGUGGAAACGAAAACGACGAUUGCGCUUAAGCAGUCAACGAAUUGUACAAUUUGAUCAACUUCAAAAUGAGGAAGAAAAUACCAUGUAG